CGGUGACAUCAUCUGCCUGCGCCGCGCCCACCUAAUGACAUUCUCAAUGACAGUUUGCACAUAUUCUUAAGUUUCUUUGAUAUCCACAUAGUCAGUAAAUAUAUUAGGUGCUAUGCAGAGAGCCGCACACUUUGCGCUGUACGACUGGACGCACAUUCUCAGCUCGUCUACAGCUCGGCAGUGUCUGAAAUGCAGAGCAGCGCCCCUGCAGCUGAGCUCCCGGGGUUACAGCGUGCUCCCACCUCCACGGGACAGUGAGGAGAAGGCCAUGCUGGACAGGAUCCUGCGUGUGGACCAUGCAGGGGAGUACGGAGCCAACCGCAUAUACGCCGGCCAGAUGGCAGUGUUGGGUAGAUCUCAGAUAGGACCUCUCAUCCAGGAUAUGUGGGAUCAAGAAAAGAAACAUCUUGGGAAAUUCAAUGAAAUCCUGGCAGAGAACAGAGUUCGACCCACAGCGCUGUUACCCCUUUGGAACAUUGCAGGGUAUUUAUUAGGGGCAUCCACAGCCCUGCUGGGGAAGGAAGGAGCCAUGGCAUGUACUGUGGCGGUAGAGGAGAGCAUCUCAGAGCACUACAACAGCCAGAUAAGAGCUCUGAUGGAGAAAGAUCCAGACAGAUACAUUGAACUCUUAAAAGUAAUAAAGGAGUUCCGAGACGACGAGAUGGAGCAUCAUGACACAGGACUGGAACAUGAUGCUGAAACUGUACCUGGAUACUGGCUGUUAAAAAACGUGAUACAGCUAGGCUGCAAAGCUGCAAUAUAUGCUUCAGAACGUGUCUAAAUAUGUAAUUAUUCCAGUUUCUUUUGACAGAUAUUUUUUUAAUAUCUUGUGACUGUUUGUAUAAAUGAAUGAACUUGCUCUCAUGGUUUCAGUUCAAAUACUGCUCCAUUGGGUUACGGUUAGCAUUUUGAGACACAGCAUUUUGGUUAAUUGAUGACAAUGCUUUAUUGUACUUUUUUUUAGUAUAAAAACAUUGUUGUCUAGGUGAUCCAGACUUUUGUUACAUUGUACAGUGCUUAAUAAUUGGACUCUGUGAAAGUAAGUGGAGUGACUGUUCCUACAUUAAACUGCAGACUGCUAAAUGGAAA